GCUGCAGUCAGUCUGGUGGACCGGCCAAUCAGAGAGCAGAGUGGAGAUCUUGCCGGUGGGGCUGUGGGACUGGAGGGGCAGCGGAGCGUACGCGCACUGGAAAGAAAAUAAUUCGGCUAAUAUUUAAACAAGUUCAGAAUGGCAGUCGCCGGACGCUUGCCCUUAAAGACAGUCUUGGUAGACUUAAGCGGGACGUUACACAUCCAAGAAUUAGCUGUUCCAGGGGCACAAGAAGCUUUACGUAGAUUACAAGAUUCGCAGCUUCAAGUUAAAUUUGUGACAAAUACAACAAAAGAAUCAAAACGAAGGCUAUUUCAAAAUCUGACAACGCUUGGAUUUCCAGUGAAACAAGAAGACUUUGUUACAUCCUUGUCUGCGGCCCAUGACCUCGUAAAAAAGUGGCAGUUGAAACCCAUGCUUAUCAUUGAUGAUGCGGCAAUGGAAGAGUUUGAAGACGUCAGACCUGCAGAUGAUGCAGAACUAGACUCUGUUGUAGUUGGACUUGCUCCAGACCUCUUCAACUAUGAGACCCUCACAAAGGCCUUCAGGGUGCUGCUGAGGCCCGGAGCGCGGCUGGUCGCCGUGCACCAGGCCCGCUACUUCGCGCGCAAGGACGGGCUGGCGCUGGGGCCCGGGGCCUUCGUCAAGGCGCUGGAGUACUCGGCCGGCGUGCAGGCGCACACCGUGGGCAAGCCCUCGGCGGACUUCUACCGGGCGGCGCUGGACGGCGUCGAGCCCGAGGCCGCCAUCAUGAUAGGAGACGACGUCAACGACGACGUGGCGGGCGCGCAAUCCAUUGGGAUGCGGGGCAUCCUGGUCCGGACGGGGAAGUACCGCGAGGGAGACGAAAAGAAGAUAGACCCUCCUCCCGCGUUUGUGUGCGAGGACUUCCCCCGCGCCGUGGACGCGGUCCUCCAGACGAUCGCGGCAUCCAGCUAAAACCCCCGAGUGGGUCGCUAAUUUAAGUGUUUUAUGAUUACUCAGUAUUAAAAGUCGAGAGAUGCAUUUAAA